CGUGGCCAGAGUGCAGGCUGUGGACAGACCCAGCACCGCAGGAGAUGGGUGCAUGCAGGACCCAUCCCAGCUCCAUCUGCACCAAGAAGUGUUGCCCAGAGAGGAUGGAGCAGCAGCACGUGGGGUGCAGCACAGGGGUCCCCAUCCCAGACUGUCCCUCUGCGUGGGGACACUGUGCUCACCUCAUGCCUUCCACAGAGGCUGAAGGCUGCAGGGACAGAGCAGUGCUCAGCGGUACGGAUCUGCAGCUGCUGCUGGAGGAACCACUGCCACUGGAAUGGACAGCUGUUGAGUGGAAAGUGGUACUGGGGGCAGAACCCCGGCAGCGCAUCCUGACGGUUCGGAAGGAUGAAGUUGAACCUGCAAACAGUUCUCUUUCUCGGAGAGCCACCUUCCUCUGGGAGCCCCUCUCCCUGCACAUCAGUGCUGUCACCAAAGCAGACAGUGGCAACUAUUCUGCAGAGAUCGAACACUCACAUGGCUCCGUUUUGAACAAGUGCUUCCACGUGUCAGUGUGGGAGCCUGUGGGCAGCCCACACCUGGAGAGACACGUGCUGCAGCAGGAGCAGGAAUGGUGCAGCUUCCAGCUGUCCUGUGCUGUGCCUGGGGCCACCGCCGUGUCCUACAGCUGGUCCCGUGACAGUGAGCCACUGGGCAACCAGAGUGUGCUGGAAGUGCCCAAGGAUGUGCAGCCUGGGCUCUAUGUCUGCAAUGUGAGCAACCCGGCCAGCUGGAGCACAGCUAGCAUAGACAUGGCCGCAGCCUGCACCCAGACAGGUGAUCUGUCCUCUGCUCCAUCAAAUCCAGGGCUGUUUGGUGCCGUCCCAUGGUGGGCAGUGAUCGUGAUGCUGGUUCUGGCUGUUUGCAUUGCUGGCUCCACCACCUACUGGUGCUGGAGGAGGAGGAGGAGGAAGGACCGCCCUGCAGCUCCGACCUCCCCAGCUCCCCCUGAACACACAGAGCAAUCGCUGACUGUCUAUGAGGAGGUGGGCAAACUCCAAACCGGUCAGGAGCCUAACGGGAACAGUGAGGCUCACGUGGUAGGAAACACUGUCUACGCUGUCGUCAACCCCAAAGGACAGAGGCCCAGAAGCCCUCAGAAGCCUGAAAGCUGUACCAUUUACUCCACUGUUCAGCACAGGAUGAGGUCCCCCUCCUUCAAGAGGAAGAAGUUGGACCGAGCUCUGGUUUCUACUGCCUAUAUGGAGGUAACAGGCACAGGGCAGCAGACAGAUGAGCCCUGCACACCUCCUCUCCAAGUACCACGCUCUUGAGCUUCUUGGUGCCGGAAUUUGGGUGACUUUCUGGGUGACGGCACCUUUGAGACGCUACCCCUCAUCUCAGAACUCAUCCACAUCUCCCACAGACCACCACAACUCCUGAGCCCCGCAGGCACUCGGAUCCCUCUCCCCCCUCCCCCCCCCAACCCCCCCUGCAGCCCGGGGGCUCACUGGGGAUGGAAACAUCUGGACUUGGGUUUUGUUAAGACCACAACCACCCUCUUUCCUGACUGCUGCGGGAGGUUCAGCCCUGCACCCAACGGUCCUUCCUUCCUCCGACGCCCUCCGACGGCAAGAGAGGCUCCGGGAGGAAGGGAGGGGGGAGAGAAAGGGGGACUCUGGCUUCAAAAAUCGCACCAAAGGCGAGAUCAAGGCUUUUAUUUGGGAUUAAAAUUAAACGUGUCUCUUUGAUGGGAGCUCA